UACUGGCUGUGCUGCACUGAUGUCACUGUGGGCAGCUGUGGGUUUGUGAGCUUCACUCGGAGGCUCCUCUAUGUGCCUUAGCAGACUGUCUGCCAGGUGCCUGCAACCUCAGCUAAGUGUAGGCUUGCAAUAAUCGCUCUUUCAAAGAGCCAUUCAGAGUAAUUGUGUAGAUGCUAUGGAAAGCACAUCUUCUGUAAUUUGGUGCAAUGAAGCUCGAUAUCGGAAUGGUUCAGGUUGGUGCGGGCAAUGCUGCAGUUGACCUCCAGCAGCGUGACCCAUCCCAGGACCUUCCACUGGUGACGGGGACAUGGGACGGCUUCUGUCACUUUCCAGAUGGUUCAUUACAACUGACAUCCUGCUCAAUCUUGGUGGGAAGGAACCUGAAAAAAUUGCUCUUCAUUACUCUGGGACGUCACAUAUUUGUAACCGUAAGACACGCCAGGUAAAUUCUCAACACCCUUUAAAGUUUUAACGUGACCUUUUCCAAUGAGGAUGUCUGGUACUGUUGCUGUAAAGGACGACCCCGAAGUGAUGAAGGGAACGGAGAUCGACCUGGGACGCUCCAGCUCACUUGAAAACCUCCUCCAACCCGCAGGACACGACAGAGCGCUGACUGAAAAAGAGGAGAGCGGCGAGAGCAAACAGGACGCCACGCGACCAGUGCAGCCUUUGGGGCAGACAGGAAAAAGGUCGAAGUCGAGUUCAAAGUUAAAGCUAGUUCGAAGCCUGGCGGUUUGUGAAGAGUCCCCUCCUCCCUCCACCGCUGACUCCCCGCUGGACAUACAGGAACCGAUACAGGUCCAGCCCGCACCGUCACCAGGAAAAGAAGAAAAGCCUUUGAAGGAUGAAACUGAGAAAGGAAAUGAAAAGUCCACCCGUAAAAUGCUUUCACGAGAUUCCAGUCAGGAAUACACUGAUUCCACCGGUAUAGACCUCCAUGAGUUUUUGGUGAACACACUGAAAAGUAACCCCAGGGAUAGAAUGAUGCUGCUGAAACUAGAACAGGAUAUAUUAGACUUCAUUGCUACCAAUGAAAUACAGCGGAAGAAGUUCCCGCCGAUGACUUCCUAUCACAGGAUGCUUCUGCACAGAGUCGCUGCAUAUUUUGGUCUUGAUCAUAACGUGGAUCAGAGUGGAAAAUCUGUAAUUGUGAACAAAACAAGCAAUACAAGAAUCCCUGAUCAGAAAUUUGAGGAACACAUCAAGGAUGAAAAAAGCAUGGAUUUCCAGAAGCGUUACAUUCUCAAGAGGGAUAACUCCAGUUUAGACAAAGAUGAUAAUCAGAUGAGGAUGAGAUUAAAAGAGGACAGAAGAAGCAAAUCGAUAGAAGAACGGGAAGAAGAGUACCAGCGAGCUCGUGAGAGAAUAUUUGCCCAGGAAUCAUUAUGCUCUCAGGAGAAUUACCUCACCGAUAAGAGAAUCCAAGAGGAAGAGUCUAAUAUUACGCAGCAGAGACGCCAGAUAUUUAGGAUCAAUAAAGACGCUUCAGGUAGAUCAGGAAACAGCCUCUACAGCAGUACUGAGAAUGACCUGAAGUACAAUGAGCCGCGGCCGUGGAGCAGUACCGACUCUGACAGCUCCAUCAGAAACCUGAAGCCCGCUGUCACCAAAGCUAGCAGCUUCAGUGGGAUUUCGGUUUUGACACGAGGGGAUAGCUCUGGAAGCAGCAAAAGCACAGGCAGGCUUUCCAAAACAGGUUCAGAGUCUUCUAGUAGUGUAGGGUCGUCCACAGGUUCUCUGUCCCACACCCAGCAGCCUCUUCCAGUAACCGCUAUAAACCAACCCUCACAUGGCACAGCUGCCGUCUACCCGACUGUCAGCGCUAGUAAUUCUCUUUCCUUUGAUGGUGGCAUGAGUGGGCAAGUGGCUCCAUCUAGCACUAGCUUCUUUUUGCUUCCCUUGGAAGCUACAGGCAUUCCUCCUGGCAGUAUUCUGAUCAACCCACAAACAGGUCAGCCAUUUUUAAACCCAGACGGCACGCCAGUUGUGUACAAUCCACCAGCUUCAGCUGCAGACAAGAGGCCGGCUUCAGAUUCUGAGCCGUCUUCCCGGACAGCUUCAGCUGCAGACAAGAGGCCGGCUUCAGAUUCUGAGCCGUCUUCCCGGACACUGUUACUCCUUCAGCCUAUCCGGUCUCUGCCAUCUUCGCAGCCUGUUCAGUACCCAGCCAUCUCUUAUCCACCCCCGCUCCUGCAGGUCUCACCCACUCAACAGUACACUGUGCCAGACAACCUGAACAGUCAGUUUAGCCAUAUGAGUCUUGCCAGACAGCCAUCAGCCGAGUCUUCAGAUGCUCAUUCAACCAUGUUCCAGUCCACCGUGGUGCUCCAACCAUCUCCGCAAUCUGGCUACAUCAUGGCGCCCCCUCCUCCACCUCCGCCUCCCCCGCUAGGCCAGUCGCACCCUCCUCCCAGCUACACCACCUCCAGUCAGCCUGUCAAUCAGCCAGUGCUGCAGCCACAGGGAUACAUCCAGCCCCCCUCUCUCCAGCAGAUCCCGACCUGCUAUUGUACUCCAAAUCAAUUCCCUCACGCAAACCAACAAUAUCGACCAGUCGCAUCUGUCCAGUUCAAUUCCCAACCAAACCAAACACUGCCGCAAGCUGUCCACCAAACAGGUUACACGACAAUAAUGCCCAGCCAGCAACCAAACUACCAGGGUAUGAUGAAUGUCCAGCAUCCUCAGAAUCAGACCUUGGUUAGUGGCCAGCCGGGCAGUCUAGCCAAUCCCAUUCAGGGUGUGAUGGUGCAGUACUCCUCAGUGCCCUCUUACCAGAUUCCUGUUCGGCAAGGCUCCCAGUCUAUACCCCAACAGCCAUAUCACCAACAGGUGCUCAUCCCUAACCAGUCCAACCAGGGGCACUUACCGGCAGGGAUGCCAGUCUAUUACAGCAUCAUUUCACCAGGGCAACACAAUAACUUAAGCUCCUCGGUAGGAUAUAUGCAGCCUCCAGGGUCUGACCAGAUGCAGUUCCCUAGAGCACCAUCUCCAUGUAGUUCUCAAGCACUGUCGGGUCCUCAGUGUGCAGCUGUGCCAGCACCUCCCCCUGGAGGCGGAAUGGUAAUGAUGCAGCUCAACGUUCCCAACAACCCACCACCUCAAACACAUUCGCCGCCUCAAUGGAAGCCAAAUAAAUAUUAUUGUGACCACCAGAGGGCGCAUAAAACUGUAGAAUACGGCAGCCUAGAUCCUUCUUUACAGCAUAGUUCCCAUAUUGGCAGUCCUGUCACGUCACCCAAUCAGUCGCCAGUUCCUGUGCAGUUAGCCAACAUGAAAAACAUCCGCCCGGGUUUAACGCCUCUCCCUUUAGUUCCACAUUUUUCUAGACCUUUUGUUCCUGGCCAAGGUGAUCCAAGAUAUCCGUUACUUGGUCAGCCAUUACAGUACAAUGCUCCUCAGUUAGUGCACGGACAUAUAACAAGCCAACAGGGUCAGUCUGGACACAGACAUGGAAAUCGGGGAAAAAAAAUGGCAAAGAAAGCUGCUUCCACUGACCUCUCUGCUGGUGAAUCAGUCAUCGGGAAGGUCUUAGAGAUCACAGAGCUGCCAGACGGGAUAAGUCGCAAAGACGCAGAAAUGCUAUUUGGCGAACUCUUUAAAGUAGGUGCUAAAAUCCGGUGGCUUCGGGACCCUCACUCGCAGCAGGCACCGCACCAACAGCAACACAACCAACACAACCAACACUAUUGUGGCAGUGGAGACAACCACACGAGUGCUGACCAGCCCAACCCUUCCAUAGACUUGGCCUCCACGUACACCGUCAUCGCCACCUUCCCCACAGUGUCCGCCGCGCAGAAUGCACUGAAAAAACACAAUGAUUUCAUGAACAAGUUUAGACUGAGAACAAGCAGAAAAUCCUACGACCUUCACAUCCUAGAAAGAGCAAGCUCUCAAUAGAACAGACGGAGGCCCUGGUCACAGGGGGUCGGCCUCCACUUCAGUCGCCACAAACGAUGGAAAAAAACCCGCUUCUCGUCUGUACAGAGACACGCUGUUGAUUUCGUACGAUCACGACCUAGCAAAUGGAAGACCCUCCUAUGGAACCGGCAAAGAAGAAUAUCGAUCAGCAGGAUUGAAACCUCUCCCUUUCCCCUUUUAUAGUCUGUUUGUUUUAUAUUUAUAUUUCUGUAUUGGACCCAAAGUUCUCUUGUACAGAGGAAAAAAAAAAAUGUUGUUCAUACUGAAUGCCCAUGAUGGAAAAAGAGAAAAAAAAAAAUGAAAAAAACAAAACAAAAGUCUGUGUUUUCUACUUUUUCUUUUUUCAAAGCCAGCACUUUGCCAUCCAUUUUUCCAUGAACAGGGUGGGGGAAAAUUAACGCUGCACUUAAAAAAUAUAAAUAAUAAAAUAAAA